AUGUUCUCCCUCACUUCCAUCAUACUAGCUUCCAUGGCUAUUCUUGGCUCUACGUUAGCUCAAAAGAGUAACUUCACUUCACCAACCCUGCAGGGCGUUUCAUAUGGAGGAACUGGCUGUCCUCAAGGCUCGAUCAGGUUUUCUGUACCGAUCAAUUCCACUAGAUAUGCUCUUGCAUUCAAAGGUCAUGCAGCUUCAAUCGGAGACGGUGCUCCAGUAACAGAAGCUCGGAAGAACUGCCAGAUCAACCUCAAUCUCAAUUAUCCUGUCGGCUACCAGUAUGCUGUAGCCGGAAAUACAUACUCCGGAUACGCAACACUGGAUUCUGGAGUUACUGCUGUCCAUCAAAGUACAUAUUACUUUUCUGGAUACGCACAGCAAAGCUCCACACAAAAGACCUUUACGGGACCGUAUAACGCGCCGUACUCGGUUCAAGACUAUGCUGUAGAUGAGAAGAUUUGGUCGCCGUGUGGCUCGACUGCAGUAUUGAAUAUCAAUAAUCAGGUGAGGAUUACGAGGCCGAAGAACACAACUGGAUCAGGGACACUGUAUGAUUCUGGGCUGUGGGAUAUCUCGCUGGUGUGGAGGGCCUGUUCUCAGUGA